AUGUCAGUUCUAAAUUUAACCCAAGAGGAUCUUGAAAAAGUUGCUGAUAUUUAUGAUGUCAUAAGAGUGCUUUAUAAAGAUAAAGAUCCUUCAUUAGAUAAGCUUCUUUCAGACGAUUUAGAAAAUCAUUUGAGAAAUUCCAUGACUGACCUCACAAACCAAUUAUCAGUGGAUGCACCUGAUGAAUUGCUCGAAAUCAAUGUUUUACAAGCAAAAUUUUCACUUUUUGAGUUUUGUAUAGACAAAAUCGCCAGCUACAUGAAUUUCUCUAAGCCAGCCAGCGGGAAAAUCUUAAAACAAGCAGUUGAAGAAUUAAAAUGUUUAUUCGAGACCAUAGCACAAAAGUUAUCAAAAACAAUGAACGAGAAGCUAAAGCUUGAAUUAAGCUUGAAAACCCAAGCAAAAGAAAUAGAAGACGUACUAGUAGCAGCAGAAGCGCUAGAAAAUGCAGUGAAAGUAUGGUUAACAUAGACUUUAACUUUUGAAAGAGACGAACUCAAAAUUGAAGUAGAUAGGGCUAGAAAUGAAAACCAAGAAACAAUUGCACAGCUGGAAACAGAAAACAAAAAAUUUUUAGAAAAAAUUAUUAAAUUGUCCAAGCAGAGUGCAGAAAGCUCUAUUCAAAUUUCAAAUAUCGCAAAAAAAGAAGCAGCAAGAGAACUUAAACCUUUCAGCCCCUUGAAGCCAUUCGCUAAAGUAUUAAUGACUAGCCAAAUUCGAGAUUUGACGUUAAAACAAACUAAAGAUCUGAUAGAGGAAUUAUAUGACAACAAAUUGAAAUAUGAUCUAAAAUGCAUUGAAAAUAGGCAGCCGCGAGAAACUCUAGAACAAUUUAUGCACUCUUACUUAUAUAAAAAAUAUGGCUUAAAGGUAAUUUCAAAAUAGUCAAUCACGACUGAAAUGGAAAGUGCUAUGAAUAAAGCUAUAAUAAAAUACAAUAAUGAUACAGAAGUUUCACUUUUUGGAAAAAUAUUGAAAAAUGAGAUAGAUGAAGAAUUUCAGAUAGUUUUAAAGCAAGUCAAAGAUAAAGCGUUAGAUAUCCUGAAGCAGCAUUUAAAAGCUAAAUUCCCUUAUAUGCAAGAAAAAGCUGUCAAAGAGCUAGUUAUCGAAAAAUCUAAUGGUGAGCUCGAAGAAGACGAGUGAGCUACAAUAGUUUCUGGGCUUUAUUCCCGCAGCGAUGCUGAGUAUUUGCAAGACUUAUUAUCCCAGAAUUCCCCUGUUGUUUCCUCACCUACAAAUAAGCAAAAAAAGCCAAAAGUUUCAUUCAUUAAACUGAUGCAAGUAGUGCAAGAAUUUCAAAUAGCAGGCUAUGAGUCAUACUUAAAGCCAAUCGUAGGAUAUUUCAAUGAGUUUGAUGAAGAUCACAACGGAAUUCUUAAUAUUUCUCAAUUUCAAGGACUUCUGUCAAGAUUAAAUAUUGAAGAAAACAUAGAAAAAUACAAUUCAAUUGUAGAUCCAUUUAGAGCAGGAGUAGUCACUUUCACUGAUUUUGUUACGCUAUUAAAUACGGUAAAAAAUAUACAGGAGCAAGCUGAGAAAAAUGGAGAAACUUUAAGUCUCUUGCAGAAAGUUUACACAGAUAUAAAAGAUAAAUCGCCUUAA